CUUUUCUAAUAGUAAAGCUUGACAGAAUACAGCAACAUGAAUUCAUUCAAUUUUAUUUUGAAAACAUUUGUAGUUGAGCGGGACAGGUGUCCUGUAGUUAAAUCCAGUUCAAGUGAGCUGCAGAAGCUGCAAAAGAGGGCGGGGGGUGUUUAAAAAAGUCACACAUCCUGUCUUCAAGACAGGGACAACAGAGAGCCAGGAUGUACAGUAAGAAGAACAUGUUCACUGGGAACAGAUUUGCUCUAAUUGUGGUGGGUGUCGGUGCGGUACUUGUCUUACAGUACAGAGACGCACUGGACUCAACAGUCUGCGUUAUCGCCGGAGUUUCAGUCCUCGCCGUGGGCUGGCUGCACAGGCUGCUCUUCAGCCCCCUGGAGGUGCUCAGAUCGCCAGAUGAUGUGGGAUACAUAGCCGAGAACGGUCGCUCCAGAGCCCAGGCGGCGAACGAUGUCCGCCGCAGGAGGAAAACCGGAGAGCUGCCUCCUGUCUAUCCAAACGGCUGGUACCGAGUGCUGGACUCCCAGCUGCUGGAGAGAGGCGAGGUCAAAAAUGUCACUGUACUAGGUGAACAGGUUGCAGUGUUUCGGGGCCAAAAUGGAAGGGUCUACGUGCUGGAUGCCUAUUGCCCUCACCUGGGGGCCAACCUGGGUGUGGGAGGACGGGUGGUUGGAGGCUGCUUAGAGUGCCCAUUUCAUGGAUGGCAGUUUCGGGGGGAUGAUGGAAAGUGUGUGAAGAUCCCCUAUGCAGAAAAAGUGCCAGAGUUUGCCAAGGUGCGCAGCUGGCCCACCUGUGAGGUCAAUGGCCAGGUCCUGGUUUGGUUUCACUGUGAUGGAGAAGAACCUCACUGGACCGUCCCAGAGCACGAGGAAGUUAUAAAGGGCGAGUGGGUCUAUCGGGGGAGAACAGAGCAUUUUAUCAGCGCUCACAUACAGGAGAUUCCUGAAAAUGCAGCAGACAUUGCUCACCUGGCUCACCUGCACACUCCGAGCAUUGUCAGUGGAGUGGAUCUCCGUUACAUGAAGAAAAGCUGGGGAUUUUUGCGGCAUGAGUGGAAGGCUCAAUGGGAACCAGAGUCAGAGCCCAACCAGCAUUGUUCUCAGAUGUUGGUAAAUCAUGUGUUCAAAGUGUUUGGACAUGACUGGCAUCUGCUGGAUGUUCAUGUGGUGGCCAGACAGGUGGGUCCAGGAGUGGUCUUUCUGCUGUUCAACCACAGCUUCUUGGGCCGGGGACUCAUCAUGCAGUGCGUGACCCCAGUGGAGCCUCUGCUGCAGUGUGUCUCUCACGUCAUGUUUUAUCAGUCUAAUAUUCUACCUGUGGUGCCCAAAUUCAUUCUCAAAGCAGAGUGCAUUCAGUUCGAGCGGGACGUGACGAUCUGGAACAAUAAGAAGUACAUCUCCAAACCUCUCCUCGUGAAGGAAGAUUCAGCUAUCCAGAAGCACCGACGCUGGUACAGUCAGUUCUACAGCGAGAACAGUCCCCGGCUGCAGUACCAGCGUGACACUUUAGACUUCUGACCUCCCUAAACUGCAGGAGGAGAGAUCAGCGGAGAAGAUGUCAGGUCAGGGUCGACAUAAAUCAGAGGUCUCAGAGGAGGGUGUCCAUAAUUGAUUUUUAUUGGUCACAUGUGAUUAAUUAAAAGAGGAAAGGUGACCUGCCUUGUUUGAGGGAUGGGUGCUCUUUUGACAUUUUGACAGUUUGAAGUCAGGUUUAAGGUAACAUUUACGUUUAACCUGACUUUCCAGCUUUAUAUUACUAAGUGCCUACAGCUCUCAUGUCAGCUGCUUGUACUGGUAUGACUGGAUUCAGCCCUUAAAGGUGUUUGAUGAAACACUGCUAAUAUUCAAAGCAGGCAAGACUAGGGCAAUACUAACACUGACAAGAUUAUAAAAAACAUUUUUCUCUGAAUAAUGUGAAUAAUUACAUACUGUGACACGUGCAGGGUAUAACCAAUAGCAGUCUGGUGCUUGAGAGACUGUUUCAGCUGAUUUUCAUAUGAUUUUUACGAUAGUUUGAGUUCAGCAGAAAGGAUUCUUCUUCUGCAAUGAUUCUGGCCUGCCAAACUGAACGUUUAAAUCUGUAAUGUGUAAUCAAACUAGGGAAUAUCUGAGCUGCAGGUAAAAUGGAAAGUGUGUUUGUUUUUCUGAUUUGAUAUCUCAGGUUGCCAGCCAGCUGAUACAUUUUCUAGUCACAGCAGUGCGCAGCAACAACUUGAAGAAUCACAUCACAAUUUUCUUUAGGAUUAUACUAUGAAUUUUGUCAUAAUAUGGGACUGGGACUGAUAUGACCAGUACAAUUACACUGUCUCUAUCUUGUAGAGGAGAUACAUUAACAUCCUGAAUCGUCUGAAAAAACUGUGAAAUGUUUAAACCUAGAAAACAUUGACUGAUAUAAAUAUGUGAUAUUUCCUGUUACUACAUAGACCAAACACUGCAUUAUCAGGUGGAGGAUUUGGGGAAGUAACUAAUGAUUAUUACUACUAAUAGCUCAGCAGCACAGAUGGAAACUGUUAUUGAAGAAACGGUUAAAACACUUAACUUAUCGUUUGACUUGUUUGUGUACAGAUUACCAAAGUACAGCAUGUUUACAAGAAAGCUUGUUGCUAGAUUAAACAGAGCCUACCUGUUUCCCAAUGUUUCCAGCUAACCAUGUUGUUGCUCCACCUCUGCACUUAAACAUGCAAUACCCGAUUUAUUGGCCAUUUUUUGGGGGCAGCGAAAAGAAGCUGUGCGCCGAAUUAGUUCAAACCAUCUUUUUCUCUGAAAACAGAGCACCUGCUACGGCUGAAAAUUAAUCCAUGAUAGGUAUAAGAGUGAACUUAAGAUAGUAAAAUAAAAAUUCA